AUGAUUGCUUCGUCGCUGUUGUACGGCUUGCUAGCGGCAGCCUCUACCGCCACUGCCUACUCGCCCGCGAAGUACACCAACUACACAGUCGUUAAAGGAAUCUUCCAACAAGACGAUGAUGCUACGAAUCCUUCCACCUUCAACUUCACCGCUUCAAACUUCGGGUUGAUUCCGCGCUCCUACCCCAGUGACGACUCUUACCCGGACAGCAAGCAGUCCACUCAAUGGCAGCGCCUUGCUCACUACAUCGACACCUUGAACAAGAAGACGAAACGCAAGGAGCGCUACACUCUCUUCUUCAUGGGACGUCAUGGCGAAGGGUACCACAACGCUGCGGAGACUUAUUUUGGCACCCCAGCAUGGAACUGUUACUGGUCUGAAUUGGAUGGAAAUUCUACUGUCACGUGGGCAGAUGCUCACCUCACCGAGCAAGGCGUGGUACAAGCAAAGCGUGUAAACACCUUCUGGAAACACCUUAUCAAAGACGAGAAGAUUUCUCCGCCGGAGAAGUACUACAGCAGCCCGCUCUACCGCUGCCUUGACACUGCGAGGCUUACCUUUGCUGAUCUGGAUCUUCCGCACAAAAAUCGAUUCCAGCCGAUCAUCAAGGAGAAUCUCCGUGAGGGCGUUAGUGCGCAUACCUGCGAUCGCCGCAGCAGCAAGACAUACAUCAAGAAGAACUUCCCGGAAUUCAAGUUUGAAUCCGGCUUUGCCAAGGAAGAUCCGUAUUGGCAAGAACUGCACUCUGAGCCACGUGCCAACCAAGAUGCGAGGUCCAAGGAGGUAAUUGAUGAGAUCUUCUCACAGGAUGAUGAAUCUUACAUCUCUAUUUCUUCCCAUUCUGGAGAAAUCGCUAGUCUACUACGAGUCCUUGGCCAUCGCGUCUUUAGCCUGAGCACUGGGUCUGUCAUCCCUGUUCUAGUCAAGGCUGACCUGGUCAUCGGCGAUGCUCCUGCCACCACCACGUUGCCCUAUGCAGCCCAAAAGACGUGCACGGCACCGCCUACGAUCCGUGACUCGAGCUGCAAUGACUGCUCUUGCUGUCUUUAG